UCCAGCGUCCCAUCCCGGCGCCGCGAUGGGGGAGGCGGCGGGAGGCAGCGCGGUCCCCCCGCUCCCGCCGUCGGAGGCGGUCGGGGGGCAAGUGAACGCCUUGACCGUCCUGGCCUUGCUGGAGAAACUGGUGUCGAUGUUGGAAGCGGUGGAAGGGCAGCAGCGGCAGAUGGAACAGAGGCAGCGGGGUUUGGAAGGGGCGGUGCGGGGUAUUCAGGGAGACCUGGGGAAAUUGUGCCGCAGCCACGGGGCGACGGGGGAAGCGGUGGAGAAGCUGCUGGAGAAGUCGCGGAAGGUGUGCGCCCACACCCGGGCCGUGCGGGAGCGGCUGGAGAGGCAAUGCGACCAGGUGCGACGCCUGGAGCAGCAUCACGCACAGCUGCUCCGGCGGGACCGCUUCAAGGUGCUCAUCUUCCAGGAGGAAAAUGAGAUCCCUGCCAGUGUUUUUGCAAAAGAGCCUAUUCCCAGCAUUACAGAAGGAAAAGAGGAGCCUGUGGAUGAGAACAAGACACUGGAAGAAACCUUGCACACAGUGGAAUUGGGUUCAGAUGAUGAAAUGUUUCAUGAGGAAGAUGACAUGGAUGACAGUGCAGAGGAGAAAACAGAAGAAUCAAGAGCUGAGAAAAUUAAAAGAUCCAGCCUGAAGAAGGUAGACAGCCUCAAGAAAGCAUUUUCCCGCCAAAACAUCGAGAAGAAGAUGAACAAGAUCAGCACAAAGAUUGUCUCGCCUGAACGGAGAGAAAAGAUCAAGAAAUCACUUACUGUACAUCAUCAGAAAUCCUCCUCUUCCAAGAGUUCGGCUUUCAAAGUAUCUCCCCUCACAUUCAACGUGAAGAAAGUCCGUGAAGGAGAUAGCCCUGCUGAAGCUGAGGACAGACCAACGGAAACUACAAGCAACGACCAAGCUGAGAAUGAGGAUGAAAUGUCAUUUGCUGACAUGCACUCAGAUAUGACACCUACCACCUCACUGACCGAGGAGGGCAAAGCAGUAGCCGAUUCUCUAGAGAAGGAAGCCAGAAUGGAAGGGAACGCCAUGAUGAACAACAACAUCGAGCUGUCCAUUGUUGAAGAUGAUGAAGAGUAUAGGAUGCCUCUAGAAGUUUCUAGCCAGAAACUGUAUGAUGAAAGAAACAACCCAGUCGGCGGGGAAAUGGAACAAUCUGAUGAAGAAACAGCCCAAGCAGCUGUCCUGCAGAUAGACCAAACAGCGUAAUUGACCCGAGCCUUCCUUCGCCUUCCAGAUACGCACGGUUUUACUUAGGCGAGUAACUGGUUUCUGCUACACAGGUGGUAGUAACAAUUCAGUUUCUUCCAUCCUUUUCUCUGCAGUGGUAAUUUAUUGCAUCGUGUUGGAAUGGAGAGUGAACAAGGUCCAUGACACAGGCUGCAACGUGCUCUGUUUUAGGCCGAGUCACUGGUGUUUAUUAGUUUAGAGAUGCUGUCAGCUGGUGUAAGAGACUAGCAGAAAAGAGUAUGUCUAGUAGAAGCAAGCUGGUCAGCUGCCUUUCUUCUGGUUAGGUCAGAGGAAUGCGUGGAGAGUAGUCAAAAACCAGACAUUUUUGUUCUGUUUUCCUAUCUCUCAGUAUUUCACAGCACUGUGAGUAGUUUUGUAUGUAAAUGUAGAAAUACCAAUGAGAACAUUUGAUUUCGGUUUCCUUGCUAUGCUCUGUGAAGACUAACAGCCUCAGUAACUGUGCGGAUACGUAUAGUUUUUUUGGGGCUUUGCUCCACGACACUGUAAGACUAAAAGAGCAGAGUACUUAGAGGGCGAAGCUGAAAAGUUUCUUCCAUCCAUUUCAGUGGGGGAAAGAUUUUUGCCAGUAAUCUCUCGCUAUUCACUUAGAAGAAAUGACUGUGUUUAGGGGGAAAUGAAAAGAUGUUUUUCAAUCUACCAGAGUUAUGGAAGCACGCUAGUGACAAGCAUGAAUGUGUGAUCAGUUACUGCACCUUUAAGGGAUCAGAAAUUGAAAAAAAAAAAAAAUAGAA